AAAAUGGAGACUUCUGAGCAACAAGUUGAACAACAAGUUGGUUCACCUGUGAAGGAUGUUCGUCCAAAACGCAAAUCAAAACCAAAGAGACACCCAACUUUUUCUGGUACUGAAAGCCGACUUGACUUUUUGAUUAAUAAAAAAAUGCAAGCAAUCGAGAAAACCUACGAAAUUGAGGACGACGAAUAUGAUAUAAACGAUGAACAGGGAAUUAAACUGAUGGAGUACCGGGAUAAACUUCUUUCUAAAGCAUUUGAUAUGGAAUGUGAACAAAGAAAUUAUGCGGAGUUUGAGGAUGCUGAAGUUGCUUCAAUAGUUGAUUGCGUUUCAAGUUCACCCAAUCCCAUCUUUAUUUAUGACACCGAUUUGGAGCCUUUGGAUCAAAUGCUGACUACAUUUGUCAAUACUCCUGGCGGUUUAUUGUCAGAUUAUUUAAUUCCCGAGUUUGAAGAUGUUAGGGACUUUCUUGAACAUAUUCGCAAUGAAGGUGAUUGCCCAUUAUAUGAUCGUUUUGUUCCUAAAGUGGAUACGGAAGAGUAUUGUAAGUGAAUUUAUUUUUGGAGAUGGAUGUAGGAGGGAAAUUUUAAUUUUGGGCAAGUUUGAAAUUUGCCGUAAAAUGUCCGCAAAAAACGUCCGCAAAUGAAAAAAGUCCGCAAUAAAACAGUCUGCAAAAAUGAGAAUGUCCGCAAAUUAUAAAAAAAUCCGCAAAUGAAUAAGUCCGCAAAUUGUUAUGUCCGUAGAUGGUAAUGUC